GGAAGCGAGAUGCAAAACAAAGCUAAAACAAGUUGUAGCGAAAAGAGAGAAACCAAGAGAGUUGAUUUUUUUGUUAAGACACACUCUUAAUGCAAAAAGACACAUUGUGCAUGAGAUCAGUAGUGAGAUGUAUCUCAUGUUGAGAUGAAGAGAUCAAGCUAUAUGAAAGAAGGAUAUCAAAGGCACCAGACUUGAGAAGUUAGGCACCAGACUUGAGACUGUUGCUAAGGCACCAGACUUGAGAAGUUAGGCACCAGACUUGAGACUGUUGCUACAGUACUCGGCCCAGAAAGGAAGAAGCCCAUGACAGCCUUUCUCAAGCUCUUAAAACCCUUGUAUACUCUCUAUAUAAACUUUAUAAUCUCUUCAUUAAGAUUCAAGCAAGAUAAUAAAAAGUCUCUGGUCAUCUUUGAAUUAUCUCUCUAGCCUUUUAAUCUCAUUUCCAAAUCUCAUUAAUCUCCAAUCUCUAAUUUCUUUAAUAAUCCUCUCAAAUCUCUUUCUAAUCUCAUUUAUUAUUCAAGAUGUCUAGAAAUCUUAUGGUAUCAGAGCCUGGGUGAAUGUUCUUGAGUUCUUGAGUGUUCUUGAGAUUAUCCAAAGCUAGAUCUUUGAAAAUCUCAAGAAAGUUUCUGUUGGUGUUUUUACUGAAGAACUAGCCUAAAGCUGGUUUCUUUGGUGGUUUGGAGAGCUCAGAUCCGUGUUCAAGCUUAAAGGUCAAGUCUUUGAAGUGUAUUGGUGCUUUUGUGUACAAACUGAGAGGUCUUUGAGGUGUUCUUAAGGAUCUAAGUGAAAAAGUUCAAGUCUUUUCAAGCUAGUGGGUUACUAGAGUCAAGAUUGAAGCUUUUUGAAAGAAGGAAGAUAGUGGUGGAGUCUACAUGAAGAUUGCUACCAAGUUCAAGGGAAACAACUACCUUGUGUGGUCUAGGAUGGCCAGGAAUUCUAUUGGAGGCAAAGGAUUGCUCAAACAUCUCACAUCCAGUGUGAUUCCAAAGCAAGAGAUCAAAGAAAAGGAGGAAGAAGAUGACGAAAGUGAGACUGCCUAUGAUAAAUGGCAACAAGCUGAUUGUAUGGUGAUUAAUGCUCUUCUUGCCUCCUUGGAUCAGAACUUGAUGGAUGUUUAUAGCUACUGUGAUACAGCUAAAGAACUUUGGGAUACAUUGAAGCAAAUCUAUGGAAACACCUCAAAUCUCAACAGGGUCUUUGAGGUGAAGCAAGCUCUCAAUAGUCUAGUACAAGAAGAUAUGGACUUUGAGAAGCAUUUGGGCAAGUACAGAGCACUGUGGUCUGAACUAGAGAUGUUGAGGCCAAAUACCAUUGAUCCAAUGGAGCUUAACAAGAGAAGGGAGCAGGAUAAAUUCUUUGGACUGCUUCUCACUUUGAAUCCAGCAUAUGGAGGGUUCAUUCAGCACAUGUUGAGAGAUGAGACUCUACCUAACCUAGAAGAGGUGUGUGCUAGGAUCCAAAAGGAAUAUGGGAACAUGGAGCUAUUUAACAAGAAGGGAAAGGAGCUAGCUUUGGCAAAUCAAGCAGCGCAAGCUCAAGGAGAUCAGGGAGAACUUGCACAAGCUAACAAGGCCAUCCAUGGCAAGUAUGAGAAGUUUGGUGGGAGUUGUGAUCACUGCAAGAAGCAAGGCCACAAGAAGAGCCAAUGCUGGAUCCUACAUCCUCAUUUGAAGCCAGCCAAGUUCAAAGAGGCCAAAGCUCACAUGGUGGAGAGUAGUGGUGGUGGUGCAAGCAAGGAACAGGCUGGAGAGAUGGAUAAUGGGAAGUCUUUGGUGGCUUAUACUGGUGGUCCUAGUUCUAGAGGCAGCACUAGUGGUGAUGAAUACUUGAAGAGAUCAGACUUGGAUGUUCUCAUCAAGCUCUUCAAGGAACAUGGUAACACCCUUGCAUACUCUCAUGGAGCUUCUAUGAUUGCUAGAACUGAUAGGUUACUAGAGGACUCAUUUGACAUGUAUAAUCAUCUUAGAAAGGGUAUCUUUGAUAGGAUUGAUCAUGCAUAUGAUUCUGCCCAUGCAUAUAAGCCCUCUAGUAUACUAGCGCAUCUAGCUAACUCCACAUCUAGUUCAUAUAAGCCUCUCAUUGUUGAUUCUGGUGCAUCUCAUCACAUGAUAAGUGACACUAGAUUGAUUAACAACAUUGAACCUGCUCAUGGUAAUGUGAUGAUAGCCAAUGGUGCUAAAAUUCCUAUUAAAGGAAUAGGAGAGCUCAAGCUAUUUGAUAAAGAUUCCAAAGCGCUUUAUAUGCCUGAUUUUACUUCUAAUCUUCUUUCAGUUAAGAAGUGUGCUACUGAUCUGAAUUGUAAUGUCAUUUUCAGCCCUAACAGUGUAAAAUUUCAGGAUAUUGAAAGUCAUAAGGUGCUUGGAAGUGGAGUUACCAAGGGAGAUCUUUAUGUGCUAGAGAAUUUGAGCUUCUCUGCUCCUAGUUCAAAAUUUAGUUAUUCUUUUUCUUCUGCUUCUACUAGUCUAAGCAAGAAUGCAUUGUGGCAUGCUAGACUAGGACACCCUCAUAAUAAAGCUUUAAAACUGAUGUUGCCAGGUGUUUCUUUUGAGAAUAAUGAUUGUGAAGCUUGUAUUUUAGGCAAGCAUUGUAAAACUGUUUUUCCAAACUCUUCUACUAUUUAUGAAAAUUGCUUUGAUCUUGUUCACUCGGAUGUUUGGACAGCUCCCUGCUUAUCUAGGGAAAAUCAGAAGUAUUAUGUCACUUUCAUUGAUGAAAAAUCCAAAUACACCUGGUUAACUUUAAUUCCAACCAAAGAUAGGGUGCUUGAUGCAUUUAGAAACUUUCAAACUUAUGUGAUUAACCAAUAUCAUGCCAAGAUUAAAGUUUUCAGGUCUGAUAAUGGAGGAGAGUACAUAAGCAAUGCAUUCAAGCAACACCUAUCUGGCAGUGGGAUUCUUCACCAAACUAGCUGUCCAUACACUCCUCAACAAAACGGUGUGGCUGAGAGGAAGAACAGACAUUUGAUGGAGGUCGCUAGGUCCUUGAUGUUUCAAGCCAAUGUCCCAAAGAGAUUCUGGAGUGAUGCUGUCGUUACUGCUUGCUACUUGAUCAACAGGACACCUACUCUUGUGCUACAAGGGAAGUCGCCAUUUGAGGUGCUCAACAAGUACAAGCCAGUUCUCUCACAUCUCAAGGUCUUUGGGUGCUUAUGCUAUGUAAUGGUUCCUGGUGAGUUGAGAAAUAAGCUAGAAGCAAGGAGCUCCAAGGCUAUGUUUAUUGGAUACUCUACCAGCCAGAAAGGGUACAAGUGCUAUGAUGAAGACACUAGGAGAGUGAUGAUCUCCAGAGAAGUGAAGUUUGUGGAGGAAAGAGGGUAUUUUGAAGAGAAGAACCAAGAAGAUCUGAAAGAUUUGGCUUCAGAUAGAGCAACAGUCUUGAGAACUAUACUGGAGAAUCUUGGUAUCAAUGUGAACCAAGGAGGUGGUAGUGCACCAAGGGAUGCGCCUACUACAACAACAAAUGGAGGUCAAGAAAGUGCACCAGUGAGUGCACCAGUUACUGAUGGAGUUCAUGUUCCUACUCUUGAUCAUGAGGGGGGGAAUGAAUCAGAGACUCUUAACCAAGGGAUGGGAGAGAGUAUUUCAAGUGGUCAAGAGAAAUCUAGUUCUCAUGAUCAGAGUGGUGAUCAAGGUGUGGAGCCUAUGAAUCAUCAAGGAGAAGCUGAGGCUAGUGGUGAUCAAGGUGUGGAGCCUGUGAAUCAUCAAGGAGGAGCUGAUGCUAGUGGAGAUGAUGCGCAAGAAGAGGACAAUGUGGAAGAGCCAGAACCUGUACAAGGUCCCAUGUUGAGGAGGAGCACACGGAAUAGGAAGCCUUCCAAAUGGGUAAACACGAGAGUGUACUACAAUGCCCAGGCUGUGGAACAUUCUUCUCAAGCUGUGUGUUCUUUUGCUCAAUAUCCAGAAGAGCAUUGUGCAUUUCAAGUGAGCUUGGAUCAGAGUCAUGUUCCAAGAAGCUAUGAAGAGGCAAUGCUGAUACAAGAGUGGAGAGAUUCAGUUAAGGCUGAAAGUGAUGCUAUGAUCAAGAAUGAGACAUGGUAUGAGAGUGCAUUGCCAAAAGGGAAGAGAGCUGUUUCUAGUAGAUGGAUCUUCACCAUCAAGUAUCUUCCAAAUGGAGAGAUAGAUAGGCGCAAGACAAGGCUUGUUGCAAGAGGUUUCACUCAAACAUAUGGAGAGGACUACAUUGAUACAUUUGCUCCAGUUGCUAAGCUCCAUACUAUCAGGAUUGUGCUCUCUUUGGCUGUGAAUCUCGAGUGGGAUCUUUGGCAAAUGGAUGUGAAGAAUGCCUUUCUUCAAGGAGAGCUAGAAGAUGAGGUUUACAUGCAUCCACCACCUGGUCUUGAGCAUCUUGUGAAGAAAGGGAAUGUAUUGAGACUAAAGAAAGCUAUCUAUGGUCUCAAGCAAUCUCCUAGAGCUUGGUACCACAAGCUGAGCACUACUUUGAAUGGAAAAGGAUUCCGCAAAAGUGAGCUUGAUCAUACUCUCUUCACUCUCACUUCUCCCUUGGGUAUUGUUGUUCUCCUUGUGUAUGUUGAUGAUAUCAUCAUCACUGGUAGUGAUAAUGAUGGUAUCAAGGCUACCAAGGAGUUUCUCAAAUCUGUUUUUGAGAUUAAAGACUUGGGAGAGAUGAAAUACUUUCUUGGCAUUGAGUUGUGUAGAGCCAAGGAAGGUUUGUUCAUCUCUCAAAGGAAGUAUACACUUGAUCUCUUGAAAGAUGCAGGUGCUUAUGGAGGAAAGACAGCCAAGAUGCCCAUGGAAGAUGGGUACAAGGCGCCACGUGAGGGGGAGCUUGAAGAUAGCAAGCUUUUUCAUGAUCCAAAGCUUUAUAGAAAGCUAGUGGGUAAGCUCAUCUACUUGACCAUCACUAGACCUGAUAUUUGCUUUGCUGUGAAUCAGGUGAGCCAGCAUAUGCAAGCUCCAAGGGAGCAUCACUGGCACAUGGUGGAGAGAGUGCUCUUGUACCUGAAUGGAACACAAGAUCUUGGAGUGUGGAUGGGCUGCAACAGAAGCACUGAAGUGGUGGGCUACUGUGAUGCAGAUUGGGCAGGAGAUAGGACUGAUAGGAGAUCAACUACUGGCUACUGCACAUUCAUUGGUGGUAACUUGGUUACUUGGAAGAGUAAGAAGCAGAAGGUGGUUUCAUGUUCUAGUGCAGAAGCUGAGUAUAGAGCCAUGCUGAAGCUUACCAACGAGUUGGUGUGGAUCAAAGGGAUCCUGAAGCACUUGGAGAUUGAUCAAGCUACACCAAUGACCAUGCAUUGUGACAACCAAGCAUCAAUCCACAUAGCCUCCAACUCAGUCUUCCAUGAGAGAACCAAACACAUUGAAGUAGAUUGCCACAAGGUGAGGCAAAUGAUUGGUCUUGGAGUGAUUCUACCUUGCUACACCAAGAGUGAAGAUCAGUUGGCUGAUGUGUUCACUAAGGCUGCGCGGCAAAAGACUAUGGAGUCCAUCCAUAUCAGGUUGGGACUCAUAGAUCUUGGCAAGAGAAACUAGUACCCCUUACCAUGAGGUCUUUACUCUUUUUCCCUCAUCAAAGUUUUGUCCCAAUGAGUUUUUCUUUGGUGAGGUUUUUAAUGAGGGAGAUCUCAUGGCUUCCAAGCUUGACUUGUUCCACAUGGUCAAGCUUGAGGGGGAGUGUUGAGAUGAAGAGAUCAAGCUAUAUGAAAGAAGGAUAUCAAAGGCACCAGACUUGAGAAGUUAGGCACCAGACUUGAGACUGUUGCUAAGGCACCAGACUUGAGAAGUUAGGCACCAGACUUGAGACUGUUGCUACAGUACUCGGCCCAGAAAGGAAGAAGCCCAUGACAGCCUUUCUCAAGCUCUUAAAACCCUUGUAUCCUCUCUAUAUAAACUUUAUAAUCUCUUCAUUAAGAUUCAAGUAAGAUAAUAAAAAGUCUCUGGUCAUCUUUGAAUUCUCUCUCUAGCCUUUAAUCUCAUUUCCAAAUCUCAUUAAUCUCCAAUCUCUAAUCUCUAAUCUCUUUAAUAAUCCUCUUAAAUCUCUUUCUA